CUUCCUCCAUUCUUCAAAUCACAGUAUCAUUUCUUACCUCUUUGUUGCCCCAAAGUCUCAAUUCUGUGACAAACUAAUGGAGGCUAUGUUCCAAGAAUUCUUUACCCCAUCUAGUGAAUUAGUCUAUUGUCACCUCUCUACCCCACAGGAUCCAAGGUUUGUAAGUGGACAAAGAUCCUUCAAUCCUAGUAGUGGUUUCUCAGUCAUUGAUGAUAGUCCCCCCCACAACAAAUCUGCUACAACAGAAGAAGAUCAAGAUGAAGGAGACUACCCAAAUGCGACUCUAAAGUACAUAAGCCAGAUGCUUAUGGAGGAGGAAGACUUGGAGAACCAGCCUUUCAUGCUUAGUGAAUGCAUGGCCCUCCAAGCCACUGAAAAACACUUCUCUGACGUGCUCAACGGAACUGAUAGCCUGCCCGAUGCACUCUCGUGGAGCGACCGAUCACCUUCAAAGGGAAAGCGGGAGCACGAGUACUCAUCGUCUGACAAUGAGUCUCCAGAAACCCACCAAAGGAACAAGUACUUGGCGCCAAAUUAUUUGGAAGAAUCUGAGCCAUUGGAAUAUAUGUGCUAUGAUGUCUUGCUUGAUCCCGGUUGCAGAAGAAACAUUGCUGCCUGUUUGUACAAGAAAAUGGACAAUAAGGAACCCAAAGCGGGUGGAAAACCCCGACGUGGCAAGAAGAAACCACAAAUCAGGAAGGAAAUCAUAGAUCUCAGCGGCUUACUCACCCUAUGUGCACAGUCUGUGGCGAUUUAUGACAGCGGGACGGCUAAUGAGACCCUGAAGAAGAUAAGGUUACACUCUUCUCCUUACGGGACCGGAACCGAAAGGAUGGCGUUCUAUAUUGCCAAUGCGCUCGAGGCACGCUUAAAUGGAACUGCAACAUCACUAUACCAAUUAUCUCACCAUUUCAACAAAAUAUCAGCAGCAGACACCUUGAAAGCUUAUAAGAUGUUUAUCAAUGCAUGCCCCUUCAAUGUAGUAUCAACUAUGAUGGCAAACAAACGCAUUAUGAAGCUUGCAGCACGAGCAAGCAGGCUGCACAUCAUUGAUUUUGGAAUUCUGUAUGGUUUUCAAUGGCCAAGUCUCAUUCAAGGUCUCUCGAUGAGGCGCGGUGGGCCUCCAACGCUUCGCAUUACAGGGAUAGACUUUCUGCUGCCUGGUUUCCAUCCCGAAGAGCUGGUCAAGGCCACGGGCUUGCGACUCGAAAAGUACUGCAAAGGAUAUGGCGUCCCAUUUGAGUUCAAAUCGGUGGCAAAGGAAUGGGAGAGUAUAACACUCGAAGACCUCGAUAUUGAAAGGCGAGAUGAUGGCGACGUCCUGGUUGUCAACUGUUUGGACAUGCUAGGAAUCGUGUCGGACGAGACGUUGGUGCCAAAUAAUAGCCCAAGGGAUAUUGUGCUCAACCUCAUCAAGGACAUCAAUCCAGAUAUGUUCACCCACGGGGUGUUGAACGGGACGUUCAACGCCACGUUCUUUGCCACACGAUUCCGUGAGGCCCUCUUUCACUUCUCCUCACUGUUCGACAUGUUUGAUGCGACUGUGCCAAGGGAAGAAAAUGACAGACAGCUAUAUGAAAAAAUGAUUUUUGGAAGAGAUGUGCUGAAUGUGAUCGCUUGUGAAGGAACGGAGAGAAUCGAGAGGCCUGAGACAUACAAGCAAUGGCAAGUUCGAAGCCUUGGGGCCGGAUUCCAGCAACUACCACUCGAUCAAGAUAUAGUCGAUUGUGUACGGGAGAAAGUAAAAUCGGAUUACAAUAAGGAUUUCUAUGUGGAGGAAGACGGGAAUUGGUUGUUGCAAGGAUGGAAAGGAAGGGUUCACCAUGCUGUCUCCUGGUGGAAGCCUAAUAACAACUAGUGAAAUAGUUUGUUUUAAUGCUGAAUAGCCGUGUCUCUUUUUCUUGCAAUUAUCUUUAUGGUUAAUUAAGUUCAUUCAGUUCCAUAUUGUCAGCGUGGAGACAGGGAGGGACUGGAGGGAACAUCGGUCCUCCUAAGAAAAAAAAUUAAGUAUGUAUUAUGUAUAAAGAGUAGUAUUCUCAUCAGGCUGGCCUCACGAGAACCGUCAUCAAGUGUAGAUUAUCUCUACAAAAAUUCAGAUUAAAAUUCAGUCGAGAAGUCACUUGAAUAAAUUAUUGAAACAUACUGCGUAUUAUUAAUAUACAUACAACGCAGUAUGAUUUAAUAUUUUAUUUGACUUCCCAAUUGAAUUUUAAGCAGAAAUUUUGUGGAGAUAAUCCACACUUGAUGAAGAAUAUGCUCAAAAACAAUUCCCACGGGGAAGGGCCCCAAAUGGCCUCAGCCUAACGGCGGUUCAGCGGUUCCCGUCUGGCC